AUGAGUUACAAACAGAUAAUUGAACAUAUUAUAGGAUUUUAUCCAAAUUUUCUCAAUAAUCCGGUUAUCAAUGACAUUGAAGAGAUUGCACAUUUAGUACCAAAUCCUUUAAAAAUUAUAAACGAUAGGGCAAUAUUAGCGUUGAACGUUGAACAUAUAGCCCGUAAUGAGGUUCGCAUUAAUGACAAGGGAGCUAUACGAAUGGCCACCACUUAUUUCUUAUCUCUACUUCAACAUCGCCAAAAUCUUAUUCCAUAUAUGAGUGAAUUACACUUAAUUUUUUUAUGUUUAAUACAAAUUAGCAUGGGAACAAUUGUAUAA